UUACAUUCUAUAAAAUCCUCAGUUCAAGGGUGGCGAUUUUCUCUUGCUCAAAUCAAAUUAGGGUUUUGUGUUCUCGCACGAAGAGGAGAGAGCCUCAGCCGCCGCCGAUCAAAGAAAAUGGGUAUCUCACGUGAUUCCAUGCACAAGAGGAGGGCCACUGGUGGCAAGAAGAAAGCUUGGAGAAAGAAGCGAAAGUAUGAGUUGGGACGGCAACCAGCUAAUACAAAGCUAUCCAGCAACAAAACCGUGCGCAGAAUUCGGGUCAGAGGAGGAAAUGUCAAGUGGAGGGCACUCAGGUUGGAUACGGGUAACUACUCAUGGGGAAGUGAGGCAGUGACUCGCAAGACCCGUAUUCUUGAUGUGGUGUACAAUGCCUCCAACAAUGAGCUUGUCAGGACACAGACUCUAGUUAAGAGCGCUAUUGUUCAAGUUGACGCUGCUCCAUUUAAGCAAUGGUACCUUCAGCACUAUGGGGUUGAUAUUGGAAGGAAGAAGAAGACUACUGCUGCCAAGAAGGAAGCUACUGAGGAGGCUGAUGCCGCCGCGGCAGCAGAAGAAACAAAAAAGAGUAAUCAUGUCGUUAGGAAGUUGGAGAAGCGUCAGAAGGAGCGCACCCUAGACCCUCAUAUUGAGGAGCAAUUUGGCGGUGGAAGAUUGUUGGCUGCCAUCUCUUCUCGCCCUGGACAGUGUGGCAGAGCUGAUGGGUAA